UUUUUUUUUUCCUAUAUUAUUCAUUAUGGCAUCGCCGUCUUAUGCCAUGUUACCUCAAACUAAGGCGUCUUUGGAUUAUAUUAUUGAACACCAUAGACUUUUUCUCAAGGAUAGACAAACUCGUGGUUUAGAACAUAAAGCCAUGGUGGUAGGUGUAUCUGGAUGUCAAGGCAGUGGCAAAACAACAUUAUGUGAUACUCUUGUACAUUUACUUCGACAAGCUCCUUAUGAUUUAAAUGUAGUUAGUUUCUCUCUGGAUGACUUGUAUUUGACUCGUGAAGCUCAAGUGAAAUUAGCGGCAAGAUAUCCCGACAACCGACUUUUACAAUAUCGAGGUCAACCAGGGUCUCAUGAUUUGGAGCUUGCAGAAACAGUAUUUGACAAUCUUUUAAAGGGUGAUUCUAAAAAAACGGUGUAUGUUCCUGCUUAUGAUAAAUCAUUACACGGUGGAUUGGGGGAUCGAUUACCAGAAGAAGAGUGGCAACAGGUACAAGGACGGGUGGAUAUUAUUUUAUUUGAAGGAUGGUCCCUGGGAUUUAAAUCAGUAACUCUGGCUCAAUUACAACAUAUGUAUGAACAAUCAAAUUUAUUACAACAACAUGGAUUACAUGAUUUGGCGAUUUUGAAUGAUUUUUUAGUCAAAUAUGAAGAAAAACUUUACCCCAAGAUGGAUAUCUUUUUACAUUUGGCGCCGAUUGAACUGGAGCAAGUAUACCAAUGGAGAUUACAACAAGAACAUCAUAUGCAACAAACAAGAAAUGUGAAAGGAUUAUCAGAUGAAGCAGUAAGAACAUUUGUGGAUACUUAUAUGCCGGCAUAUACAUUAUAUCUUUCUAGAUUGAAUAAGGUUGGUUUCUUUGGAGUGAAUGGUGAAAGACAACGAUCAUAUGAAGGAUGGUAUCGUAAGGAUGGUGGUUAUAGUGAUAAUACAUUGGCAAGACAUCUUAGGUUGGUAUUGGAUCAUGAUCGUCGAAUGGUACAAUGUCAAGAUAUUCAUCCGGUACGUCCUCUUAAUAAUAAUGGUAAUCAUUCUGGAAAUUGGAUUAUUAGAAAAUCAAGUUUAAUUUUGACAACAUGUGCAGUAGGAUAUAUAGGAUGGGUAGUUUAUCAACGACGACAACCAUUAUUACAAGGGUUGAUGAAAAUAGUACAUCAAUUUACAGAAUAAUAAAGAAAACCUUAUUUUUUUUUUUUUU